UGAAUGAGUCCGCCCGCGGCUGCACCAGUCCGUGAGCUGUUCAAACAGCCGGCUUCCGAAGCAUGGAAGCGGAAAACGAGAUGGACGACUUCCUGGAGCUAAGCUUAAGGCCCGACUGUUCAUCCGAUUCAGGAAAUGUCCCACACUUCAAGCGCUAGCCGGCGCCCUGGUGCCAGGAGUGCCCCGGCCGUUGAUACGGGUCACCCGGAUGUCGUAGCCUUUGACUUCCGGGCCACGACUAGGACCGCCCCCUAAAGGCGGGUCUCAGGCGCCGAUUGGCUGUCACACACACACAUGCGCUAGCGGUGGUUAGGCGGCUUGGGAGGCGGUGGCUUAGAUCCUCCGCGUCCCUACAGCGGCUGGGCCAUGGCGGUCUCGGCCCUGCGAGAGGAGUUGGACUCGAUGUACCUGCAGCUGCUCAGCGACCUGGAGGAACUGGAGGCGAAGCGGGCGGCGUUGAACGCCCGGGUGGAGGAGGGAUGGUUCUCGCUCGCCAAGGCUCGCUAUGCCAUGGGCGCCAAGUCCGUAGGGCCCCUGCAGUAUGCCUCGUGUAUGGAGCCUCAGAUCUGCGUGCGCGCCAGCGAGGGCCAGGAUGGACCCCAGACCUUCAGGGUGAUCAAAGCUGAUGCGCAGACCCCCGAGGAAGUGGGACCCAGCGAGGCAUCUCUGCGCAGGCGUAAGGGCCCUACCAAGACCCAAGUGUCAGGGACCUCUGUGGUCCCUCAAGAUCCCUUGAACUGGUUUGGAAUCUUAGUUCCUCACAGUCUUCGGCAGGCCCAGGCCAGCUUCCGGGAUGGCCUUCAGCUGGCUGCAGAUAUAGCCAACCUCCAGACUCGAAUCGACUGGGGUCGGGGUCAACUCCGGGGCCUCCAGAAAAAACUGAAGGAGUUGGCCCCUGGGCCUGCCUGAUCUGAAUCUACUUUCGAGGCAUUCAGCAUAGCCAUCUGGGUCACUGCCUUAUUCAGGCCAUCUUUCAUAACAGCCCCAUCUCAGCUAAUGCCCUCCUUGAAAUGUCCUUAGUCUGCAUUGUCUCCAGCCUUGUGAAUUAGGAAGCUGAGUUAUGAAGUUUGAUGAGGCAAGCUGAGCUGUGUUGAAAGCAGCUUGUAUGAAACCUCUUCUAGGUGCAUGUUCUCAUAGGGCUUCCCUCUUUGUAGGCAAGUUAGUGAACAAAUGAGGAACCUCGUCAGAGCCGGCAUGCAGGGUGCAGGGAAGAAAAGGAGUCUGCAGACUUAGGCCAGGUCAGGACAAUCCAGUCAAUAAAAAUACCUCUACCUGGGCAUGUAGUGCAUGCUUAUAGUCCCAGCAACUCUAGAGGCUGAGGCAGGAGGAUCACUUAAGCCCUGGAGUUAAGAGUUCU